GGGCAACGGCGCAACAACAGCACCAACAACGACACCAACAAAGGUUCUCCGGGUGCGGGACCGGCCCGUCACAGGGAGCGGUACCACAGAGCGGGGACGGUUCCCGCAGCAGCUCGGCCGCUAGCGGCGGAUCUUCUCCUCCUUACCGGGGGCGGAGCGGGAGAGCGGGGCUGAGGGAAAGUGGGCGUUUCCCAUCGGGCCUUGCGGCAGCCGCGGCGCGGGCUGCGGGAAUGAGGUAAAGGCGGGAGGGGCGGGGGAGCGCGGCAGGAAGCUGGGAGGCAGCGGAGAGAGCUCGGCCCCAUGGCGGACACCAAGGAAACACAUGAGGAGCAUGAUACUUCUACUGAAAAUGCAGAUGAUUCUAACCAUGACCCUCAGUUUGAGCCCAUAGUUUCCCUUCCUGAGCAAGAAAUAAAAACUCUGGAAGAGGAUGAGGAAGAACUCUUUAAGAUGCGAGCAAAGCUAUUCCGGUUUGCAUCUGAGAAUGACCUCCCAGAAUGGAAAGAACGAGGAACUGGUGAUGUAAAACUCCUGAAACACAAGGAGAAGGGAACAAUUCGCCUCCUUAUGAGGAGGGAUAAAACCCUAAAAAUCUGUGCAAACCAUUAUAUCACACCCUUAAUGGAGCUGAAGCCUAAUGCUGGGAGUGACAGGGCAUGGGUCUGGAACACACAUGCUGACUUUGCAGAUGAAAGCCCCAAGCCUGAACUUCUGGCAAUCCGAUUUUUAAAUGCAGAAAAUGCACAGAAAUUUAAGGCAAAAUUUGAAGAAUGCAGGAAUGAAGUAGACAAGAGGGCAAAGAAAGCAGGCACAGACAAAAAUGAUAGUGCUGAUAAAGUUGCUGAAAAGCUAGAAGAGCUUUCUGUAAAGGAAGAGAGCAAAGAAUCUGAGAAGGAAGAGACCAAGGAAAAAAAUGAAGAAAAGCAAUAAAUCAUCCUGAGCCUUGCAGUUUUUCCUUUACUUUUUCCUUCUUUUUCCCUUUUUUUUUUUUUUUUUAAGAGAUUGUUUUUGGGGUUUUUGUCUGUUUUUUUGUUUUGUUUAAUUUUUACAAGGGACUUUAUAAGAAACUGAAUUCAAUGUUCAAGUUGUUUUUUCUAAGCUUUUGCCCGUUCGAAGAUGUCUUCAGAAAAUCCAUUCCCCAGUCAUGAAAAUGUACUGUGCUAACUUUCUUUUCCAUAGUGGAAACACUUAUUUAUAGUCAUCCAAAAGAGUGAAUAAAACUUGAAAACAGCAUCAGAGGACAGAAGUGAGUUUUCUAUAUCCUUUAAAGGCUUAUGAAUACACUUGUUUUAUUGGGUGUUGAUACUGAUAUCAUCAUACCUGUGCAUUAACUGGGUCAGCAGAUUUUACCAAGAGGGAAGGUUAAGGUUACAUAGAUGUUUCUUAUAUGGCUUCUAAAACUGAGCUUUGAAAGACCUUUCACAGUUUUUCUGCUGUGUGUUUCUGAGCAGGGAAUGUGCCUCUGAUUCUAGAAGUGCAGGAGACUUCUGGAAUCAGGCAGUGGAGCAUUCCUAGCACACUAUUGAUGAUGUUCCAUCAGAUGGUGAAAAUAAUGGUGGGGGAGAAAACGUAUUACAUGAGAUGUCAGAAGUAUUUUGCUCUACACACUCUCCCCUAAAUUUGUUAAUAUUGCAAGUACUUGACUCUAGAACAAAGUUGUUGCUGUGGUUCUAGAUCUUCCAUGGUGUGCUGUUUGCUGAGGUAGUAGCAGCCUCUUUUAUUAAGGUGUAUACAAAGGAACUGUAGAGUACCUUACCAUGUGGUUCCCUGUGUCAGCAGAUCUUACAAGCUGUGCUCUAAAAUUUCUAAACUUUUUUUUUUUUUUCAGGGCUUUGAACCUUGCUACAAAUUUGUUUCUACAAUUUGGAGGUGUUCUGAAUUUUAUAGAUGCAUGGUGGGAGGGUGUCCCUCUUGCAGAGAGGCAGUCUGACAUACCCUUUGAAACAGUUAAUUAUGUUGUAUCGAGGAGCACUAUUCUUGCCAGAAUGGGCAAAUUGAUCAGAUUUCUUCCCUGCAAAUGUCUUCUUUUUGCCCAGUGUUAAAUUAGUGCUAGAGAGUAGGAAAAUAAGCAAUGUAAGCAAUAAAAUCAACAUAGUUUUUAGGUCUGAUAGAUAAUUUUAUGUUAAUGACUAAUACAAGGAAAGUGUUAGGAUAGCAAUUAAAUUCUGUAAUACUUUUUCCAAUAUAAUAAUGAAAACUGGACAAAACUUGCUAAACUAAGACUAUAAGAUGUUAACAUAGCAAGACCUUGUCUUCAUAAGGAGUCUUUCUGAGUAGGUCAGACUCUGCAGUCAACCUGAGGAAAAUGUAUUUUUUAAAAAGUCUUUUCUUUCUGCUUAGCACUGCCUUUUGAUGCUACAAUGAUAAGAGUCUUAAAUCUGGAACUGUAGUUAAGGUACUCUGUUCAAACAAAGUAAUUCCUUUGGUGUUGUGCAUGUUCCCCUUCAGGUACAGCAGAUAUCAUAAGUCUGUUAAUUGACAAAGAUGGUUGAAAGGUAAAAUAAAGUGCUCUUUAGUGUUUCUGGUUUGAAAGUAAGACAAAGUAUUCUGAAGUACUUAACAUUUGAAUGUAAAAGCCAAAUCUUUAUCCAUGAGUCACUGUAAAUUCUCUGAUCUGAUAAUGUCAAACUGUGUCUAAAUUGAUAGAAACGACAUUUUAAAUUUUCAAAAUAAAUUUAAAUUUUCAU